AUGUCACUGCAUGAUCGGUUUACCGACGUGCUAAAGAACAAACAGACAUCACAGCAUAACCCAGGUUCACUGCACAAUCAGAAGCUGGCCCUGCAAAUGGAGAGCAGACCCUCUGUCCAGGCUGCUUUGCAUAACAAAGGGAGUCUGAGGCAGCGCUUGGGAAGGGCCAAUGUCAAAGCCAGGCUGGGCGGGUCCAUGGUUAGAGGAGCCACCCUGGGCUUCCCUGCACCAGGACUGAGAGGACAAGGAGAUCACAUGACAGGGAUCAGCAGACCCGUAUACGCUAGACAUAUGAGCAGAUAUCGUGGACAAGGGGCUCUGUCUCAGUUGAUGGGGCCCCGAGCGCUAAGGCACAAAAGGGGUCAGAUGUGUUUUGGUGUGGCGGUUGGAGGCAGAGUCCAAGAGGGAUUGAGAGAAAAAGGCAGGAGGCUGGGUGCAGUUAUGACUGGGGCCUUGCGUGGCAGAGGCCGUGGGCGGGGCAGAGACAGGGGAUUGGCCCGCUGUGCUAUCACCAGAGAGAUGCUCGACAUCCAGCUGGACGAGUACAUGUCUAACACCAAAAGCCGCCUAGAUGCUGAGUUGGAUGCUUACAUGGCUGAGGUUGACCCUGCAGACAUAGAGUAG